AAUACUACAGUUGUAAUGUCCUGCCUGACCACCGGGGGGCGCCUUUCUGGACGGACAGGAGUAUCAAGCGGAAGUGGAGAAAACCGGAAGUCUCGUUGGUUCAUCGUGAUCCCGACUGGCGGCGGGACAUCUGUGUUAGCCGACGGGCUUCUUUCAGUGUCUAAGCGGCGCAUUUUCAGCCUGAUGGGAGACAGCGACGACGAGUUCGACCGGAGGAGGAGAGACAAGUUCAGGAGGGAGAGGAGCGACAUGGAGCGAUCCCGGGAGCGGGAGGAGCGGAGGAGGGAUGACUGGCCGGAGAGAGAGUGGGACCGCGGCAGGGAGAGGAGGCGGGACUACGAUCGAGGUCGCAGAGAGAGGUUUUCUCCCCCCCGACACAUCAGUCCUCAGCACAAACGCAUGAGAAGAGACUGGGAUGACCAUCGGGGGGAGCCGUACCGCUACGACCUGCCAUAUGGAGGAGGGGCCCCAUUCCCGGGGGCGGGGCCUCAGGGCUGGCAUCCCGACUUCCCCCACCUUCACCCGCACCACGGCGGCCAUCCUCUACAGAGCAGGUUGGGGAUGAUGGAUCCAGACCUGCCUCCUCCUGGGCCUCCCACCAUGAGGAGCUUUAAGGAGUUCCUCCUGAACAUGGAGGACAGCGUGGAUGAGACGGAGGCGGUGAAACGCUACAACCAGUACAAACUGGACUUCAGACGGCAGCAGCUGCAGGACUUCUUCCUCCAGCACAAAGACCAGGAGUGGUUCCGCUCCAAGUACCACCCCGAUGACAUCACGGCGAGGAGGGCGGAGUCUCUGACGGCCCUCAAGACUCGGCUGGGUGUCUUCCUCUUCCUGAUGGACAACAGCUGGCUGGACAGCAUGUCGCUGGACAUGGACCACGCCCCCGCCAUCAUCAAGCUGCUGGACGCAGCUGUGAUAAAGAUGGAGGGAGGGACGGACUUCGACCUGCAGGUCCUGGAGGUUCCAGCUGCUCCGGCGGUGGUUGGUGGAGAAGCUAGCAGCAGCAGCAGCAGCGCUGAGAAGAGUCAGGCUGGUCCCAGCGCUGGAAACCUGGGUGGUCAGCCCGGAUCAGGGCCAGCCCAGAGUCAGACGGAGGAAACCGAUGGUGCCAGAGAACCAGGAGAGACUAAAGACUCUGAGAAGGACUUAGAUGCUGCCAGGCGCAACGGAAAGAAGGAGAGGAAUGAGGAAGAGGAGGAGGAAGAGGAGAGGCAGAAGGAGGAGGAAGAGGAGGAGGAAGAGAAGCCCACCAAGAAAGGAAGGAAGAGGAAGCGCAGCUUGUCAGCUGACAGCGGGGAAGGAAGCGAGGGAAGCGACUCGGACUCCUCCCACUCAGACGGAGAGAAGGAGGAAGAUGAGGAGAAAGAGGAGGAGGAUGAGCGUCGGAAAGAACGAGGGAAGGAGAGAGAGAAGGAGGCUCCGCCCAAACCCCGCCCCCUCCAUCUCACCACCUCGCUGUUCAUCAGGAGCAUCCCACCUGAGGUGUCCAAGGAGGAGAUCACCGCUUUGUGUCGCAGGUACCCGGGAUUCCUGCGGGUGGCGCUGUCGGACCCUCAGCCAGAAAGAAGGUUCUUCAGGCGGUGCUGGGUGACGUUCGACCGCAGUGUGAACAUCAAGGAGACGUGCUGGAACCUUCAGAACAUCAGGCUCAGAGACUGCGAACUGUCGCCGGUGGUCAACAGAGAUCUGUGUCGCCGCGUUCGCAGCGUUAACGGCCUGACGCACCACAAACCCGUGGUCCGGAACGACAUCCGUCUGUCUGCAAGACUCAUCCACAGUCUGGACCAGAGGGGGGAGCUGUGGACCGGACAGAUGGAGACCAACCCCAUCCUGAAAAACAUCACAGAUUACCUGAUAGAGGAGGUGAGCGCUGAGGAGGAGGAGCUGGUCGGUGCGUCUGGGGGAACCAGUGAAGAGGCUGGUGAUGGAAAAAAUCCCACCUCUUCUGAGGUUCCCGUGGAAACGGAUGAGAAGCUGUUGAAGGUGCUGGAUCGGCUGCUGCUUUACCUGCGUCUGGUUCAUUCUGUUGAUUACUACAACUUCUGUGAGUAUCCGUCAGAGGACGAGAUGCCUCAUCGCUGUGGGCUGAUCCACGUACGAGGCCCCCUCCCCGUGGCCAAGAUCACUCCGACCGAAGUGAGUGAACACCAGAGGAUGUGUGAGGAGCGUCUGGCUCCGCUCAUCUCACCUUCAGAGACUCUGAGUGAUGAAGAAGCUGCUCGACUCGGGAAGAAAGACCCGGAACAAGAGGUGGAGAAGUUCCUGUUGUCCAACACUCAGGAGCUCAGCAAAGACAAGUGGCUCUGUCCUCUGAGCGGGAAGAAGUUCAAGGCUCCGGAGUUCGUACGUAAACACAUCCUUAACAAACAUGCGGAGAAGGUCACCGCCGUCAGACAGGAAGUGGAAUUUUUCAACAACUUCCUGGUGGACGCCAAAAGACCCGCCCUACCGGAAAACAAGCCCCUCCCACCGCCAGCACCAGCGACUCCUCCCGGUAUUCCGGGAUUCCCUGGUCAGGGACCGCAGCAGCAAAGCCUUCUGGGAUAUCCACCUGGAGUCAGACCUCCCAUGCCCAGUUUCCCAGGUGUCGGGCAUCAGCUCCCUCCUGGCCAGUUUGGGGCGGGACGUGGUAACUAUGACAACUUCAGAGGGCACGCUGGAGGAGGCGGGUUUCCAGGGAAACAGAGAAGCAGCAGGGGGAUGCGGGGAGACCCUCGCUCCAUCAUCGAGUACAGAGACCUGGACGCUCCGGACGACCUCGACUUCUUCUAGAAAACACCUUUUUUUUUUUUUCUUUUUUUAAACUUUUUUUAUUCAACACGUGUCCCCCUCCCUCCCGUGUCCCUCCCAUGUCCCUCCCGUGUCCCUCCUCCCUCCGUUUGUCCUUCUGUCUGGUAGAAACUGAAUGAGUGCGUGUUAGCAGACCAACGUCCAGUACAGACCAUGAUGGAGUGAUUGAUGACAUUUUCCAAUAAAGACGGAUAAAGACGA